GCUAAGCUCAAGCGGCUUAGUCUUCAUAUAUAUCCUGCUACACAUGCAUGAAACUAUAACAAAUCUGAAUCUAAUGAUAGAUUGAUUCCUCCUCCAAAUUCUGAGCCUUGGAACUUCUACUCCUACUUCCUUCUUCCAUUGUAUAGUUAAGGAAAGCAGGCAAAAACAGUGAAGAAUCUGAAGAUGUUAGUUGAAGACGAUAACGAAAAUGGACCCUUUUCAUCUCCUGAAGAAAGCUAUCAAAACCCUCCUCUUUUUACUUAUGUUGACUUAGGUUUCGGGAGCCCAGGUGAAUCUAGCUCCAAAAGAAUCAAGUUAUCACUCCCUAACCAACAACAGGAAGAGAAAAUCGACACAUCUGAAGAAUCAGGUGGACUUGGUUUGAAAUUGAGCAAGUCACCAUCCCUCAUAAGCUUGCUUGAGAUGAAGUUAUCUAAAAGAAGACAAACCAAGAAUGCUUCUUCUAAGUUGGCCUGCAAAUAUGAUAGCAAGAAGCCCACUUCAAAGCCAGAUGAUAUUGGAUCCCAGUCCAAUGCUGAAAAAUUGAAGGCUUCCAACUUCCAAGCUUUGUCAAUCAAAAUUGGCACAUGGGAGAGACACUCAAUGAAUGAAGGUCAUUUGGUAGCAAAAUGUUACUAUGCUAAACGCAAAUUGGUGUGGGAAGUUCUUGAAGGGGCACUGAAGAGUAAGAUUGAAAUACUAUGGUCAGACAUUGUAGGUAUUAGGGCUACUAUCAUUGAUGAUCAACCUGGAGUUCUUGAAGUUGAGUUGCAGCAACCUCCUACAUUUUUUAAAGAAACAAACCCCCAACCUCGAAAGCAUACCCUUUGGCAACAAGCAUCAGAUUUUACCGGAGGCCAAGCUCCCAUAUGUAGGAGGCACCGUGUGAAAUUUGCACCAGGAAUACUGGACAAACACUACGAAAAGCUCAAGCAAUGCGAUCCAAGACUACAAGUCUUGAGCCGAAGGCCUUUCCCAUCUCAAGAAUCUCUCUAUUUUGAUGAUGCAAAUAAUGCAAAUGGAUUGUCUGAAUUUUCUCUCGACUUCAAUGGAUACGGGCCACAAUUUCUUGCUGGACUGAUGCAGCUCCCCUCCUAUUCAAGCCAUCCUUCCCUUCCUAUUCAUUUGAGACAAGCAGCACUUCCUCGGUUGAUGGACUCAAAUUUACCAAUGUCAGUGAAUGAUCUCAUAAUGUUGGAAAACCAUAGAAGGGCACUGUUGAGUGAAGCAAAUUUGGCAAAAUUAGCAAAUCAAAUUCAUCUACCAGGAGGACCUGCUGUUACUCCGGUGGGAUGUGAUUUCUCUAGCCAUCUUGCCAAUGCCAUGGCUCUUGGAGAGCUCAGGAGAAAAUCCAAUGAAUUUAGUAGUGUGGGCUUACUAAACUUCAACAAUAUUGAGAAUCAUUUGUUGGUUGAUAAUGCACAGAUGGUAAGUUCAUCAUCAUCAUCGGAUGAGAAUUCAAUUGUAGCAAGGGUGAAAUCAAUGUAUCCCUUUCUUGAUCUAGAACAAAUAAUGCAAGGUAAUCCCACUGUUUCAAGAGGUCUAAUUGGCUAUCCAGAGUCAGCAGAUGGGGCAUGGCAAGAGUUUGAUGAGGCUAUGGCAACAAACACUUCAAACAAUUCACCCUGUCCAUAUGCAUUAGCUGCAUAUCCCAUGACUGAAGAAUUUUCAACUCUAGCUCUUAACCAAGAUAUAUAGAUUUAUAAGAACAAUAGGGUUGUAGGGUUUUAAUUAGAAUAAGCAGAUUUUAAUUAGGAUCUAGACUUGUUUUGAGAAUAAUGAAGUUAGGUGAUUGUUCAUGAGGAUUAAAUUAGGAAUGUAAGGGUUACAUUGAUCAUGAUCAAUGUCUUGUUUAUGCUUGUAUGA